AUGUCUACCAACCUCAAAUCUGUGCCAGGCCUAUCAUCAGGGUUAGGCCUUGCAAAUAUCAUCGAUCCACCAUUCACAAAUUCCUUCUCUAGUGAUCUCCUAGGUCUUCCUAUUCCAGACGACGACCAACUCUGGGGUCUGAGCCCAGUUUCACCAAUGGCCGGUUGGGACAAAGCCGACUCGGCAGCCUUUGCCAAUUCCGCACUCGAGCGGGACCUCAAAAAUGCUCAGGUCCGCAAUGGUCAACCAACCCCGCCCCCAUACGAUGAUCAAGGCCGAGAUCUGUCCCUCGACAUGAUGGAAAGUGCGAGCAAACGCCGGCGCGUGCGCGAAUACAAGACCGCCGCCGCAAGCCUCAGCCCAGAUCUCGACGACGCCCCACACGAACGCGCCAAGCGCGCAAAGUUCCUCGAGCGCAACCGUCUCGCCGCAAGCAAGUGUCGCCAGAAAAAGAAAGAGCACACCCAGCACCUCGAGUUCAGCUUCAAGGAGCAGUCCGAAAAGAGGGAACAGUUGAUUGCGGAGAUUGCCCGACUGCGCUCGGAGAUCCUGGGUCUGAAGAAUGAGGUGCUGAAACAUGCUCAGUGUGGGGAUGAGCCGAUUAAGCUCCAUCUCGCACAGAUGGUCAAGAAAAUUACUGAUAAAGAUGGUGCCCCGUCCGCGGAGGCGCUGCCGGAAUCGCCUGUCAGAAUCCCAGAUAACCCCUCUGUUUCUGUUUCCCCGCUCGAACCUACCCCGGCUCCAGUUACGGCUUCUGUCCCUGUGUCUACGUCUGCCCCUGCGCCGACGGCGAUGUCGUUUGGCUUUGAUGAUCCUCUGCAGCUUGAGCCGGCGGCUGCGGCGGCGGCGGAGGCGUUUGAGCAGCAGAUGCGGCGCGAGUCGGAGGCUUCGCUUGUCUCGGAGGGGUCUUAUUCGUUCUCGGCGGAGGAUGCAUCCUUUGAUGACUUGAUCAACGUGUGA